CCGGUGCUGCUCCCGGUGCGGCUCCCGGUGCGGAUCUCUCUGCGGGUCCCGGUGCGCUGCGGACGCAGCAGACCCUCGGGGGUGCCGCGCCGCCGGGCCGGAGCCGAGCUUCCCCCGCCCUGGCAGCAUGCCCCGCGGGCGAGCCUGGACGCAAGCGGAGGUCAGCAGCCUGCUGGCGCUGGUGGGGGGCUCGGGGGAGGCCGCCCUGCUCAUGGCUUCCACGUCGCGACCCAACGAGGCGCUGUGGAGGGAGAUAUCCCAAGGGCUGGCAGCGGCCGGGUACUCGCGCAGCGUCGCCCAGUGCCGCUCCAAGUGGAAGGCGCUGAAGCAGGCUUUCCACUCGGAGCGGGAGACGCGCCAGAGGGCAGGACACCACUCAGACCGCCUGCCUCCGCACUACCGAGCCAUGAAGAGCAUAUGGAAGGCGGCCGGGCGGCCCGUGUUCGGGGAGCGCAGGAUGCCAGACAUGGCGAAGCUGCCCUCUGGGAAGCGCAGGUCAGCCCAUGCUGCCUGCUCUUUAUCCUCACCAGAGCCACCAGAGCACAACGUUGGCGGGGACACCCCGGGAACGUUGAUGUCCCCACUGCUGCGGUGUGUAAAGGACGAGCCAGAGACCCCAGUGGAUGGGGACCACGUCGCUGGAGGGCCACCCGCUUCCCACACCGUGCCACACGCCCGUCACUGUUUUCCUCCCCUUCCAUUCCUGGGUGAGUACCAUGCCCUGGCCACCGUGCUCAGGUGCCCUAGAGCAGGAGGUAGAUGCAGCUCACAGUCUGUGUCUGCUCUCCUUUCAGGCUUUCACACUGCCCUGAAGCAGGAAGGAGUUGAGCAAAAGGCUGGUUUUCCUGCAGAGACAUCCCUGGGGAUGGCAAGAGGAAGCCGAGCGCUGCCAGCGGCCACCACAGCCCUGUGCUCCCCGGGUAUGGCUGCUGUGAGUGAGCAGCCAGCAGCGGGUGAAGAGGCAUCCAGCUCCAGCCUGCACGGUGGGUCCUCCCUGCAGCAUCCCAACGGGGGGCUCUCGGAGCUGUGGGGAGGGUUUGCAGCCACUGAGCUUCUCCUCAUCACAGGCUCCGGCGUGGCGGGCCUGCUCCAGAACGUGCAGCAGCUCCUGGUGCAGAUCCUGCAGACAUCCCGGCAGCAGCAGGCGCUGCUGGAGAGCCUGGCCAGCGACACCGUCUCUCACCUCCACCUCCUCUCCCACAGCCUGGUGCAAGUGGGGGAGACCCUGCACCAGCUCCUGCUCCAGCCACAAACUCACCCAGGCACCCUCGGCCACUACAUCCCCCAUGUACCCCUAUUCGAAGGGGGUCCCAGGGUGCCCUGCUCCCCUGGUGAUGCCCACACCUCCCCAGAUCACAAAGAGAAGCCUCAGGGGUCCCCUGACACAGGGUGCAUCCCACCGUGAGCACCACCAUCCACAUACCCAGGGACGAUAGUUCACUCACAGCCACAGAUCUUUAUAGCAGAGGCACCGGAUGUUUUGGAAAUUUAUAGAAGAGAGACAUUUUAAUACAAUUAAAAAUAGGUUUUGUACCAGU